CAUAAUGGACAAUCUCCCUUUUCUAAAAAAAAAAGAAUUAGCAAAAUUACCGUUCCACUUUCAUUCCAUGUUUAAUUAAAAACAUGAACUUCAAGGACAAUCUCCCUUUUCUUUGGCACAAAGCAUCAUGAAGAUACAGAUAUACUCGUAUAGUGUGCUGCAAUCAAUCGAAGGCUAUAAAUGAGUAUUCAUUAAAUACGAUAAAGAUAGCAACUUUUGGGGAAGCUACACAAUUUAAUGAUCGUUAAAAGAGCAUUUUUAGCCACCUGUGUUCGCGUGUGUGCGUCUCUAAAAUUGGUCGCACACAGUCAGGUGGAGAUGCGGGUCAUCAACCACAUAAUAACCAAACUCAACGCCACGUCGCCGGUGGAUAAGACAACGGCGUCGCACAGAAUCAAACCCCUCCCACUGCAAAAGUGGACUGUCACAGCCCAUUCCAAUUCAAACUCUCCCCACUAAACCAAAUUUCCUAUUCAAAUUUCAAUUUCUCGAGUGGGAAAAGGGAAAAAGAAAUAUACCCAUUUCAUCUUUUUCGUGAUAGGACGGGUUGAACAGUAAUUGGGCAUCGAUUUUCGUUUCUUCUAUCUCUAACACAGUUUGGGUUUCGAGUAUCAAAGUAGAUGAAGCAGCGGCGAUUUGAGAACUAACAGUUGUGGAUCUUCCCAUUCGCGGUCUUCCAUGGCUGGACCAUCAUGGCUGGUAGAUAGCAAUAGAAUUGCAACAAAAAUUAAGAGUGCAUCUGGAACAAGCCAUCCUCGAAGUGUCGAAUGGAAAAGCAACCCGAGCAGAAGUUGUCCAAAGUGCCAACAUACAAUUGAUAACAGUGAUGUUGCUCAAGAGUGGCCUGGAUUACCUAGAGGAGUAAAAUUUGAUCCUUCUGAUCAAGAAAUUGUAUGGCAUCUGCAAGCCAAAGUUGGCAUUGGUGGUUCAAGGCUGCAUCCCUUUAUUGAUGAGUUCAUACCAACUGUUCUUGAGGAUGAUGGCAUCUGUUAUACCCAUCCUCAAAAAUUACCAGGUGUUAAGCAAGAUGGCAGUGUAUCUCACUUCUUUCACAGAGCAAUCAAGGCAUACAAUACUGGAACUCGAAAACGUCGGAAGAUAACCGGCGAUGAUUUCGGUGAUGUUCGCUGGCACAAGACCGGAAGGACAAAACCAGUGGUUAUCGACGGGGUUCAGAAAGGGUGCAAGAAGAUUAUGGUUCUAUACAUGAGUUUUGCCAAAGGAGGUAGAGCUGAGAAAACCAAUUGGGCUAUGCACCAAUAUCACUUGGGGACUGAGGAAGAUGAAAGGGAUGGGGAAUAUGUCAUUUCCAAAAUAUUUUACCAGCAACAAAACGUCAAGCAUGGUGAAGUUACUGAACAGGAAAUUCCUCAAAUCGUCAAUGCCGUAAAAGUCGAUCCCCGUACUCCAAAGUCCGCAACUCCCGAGCCUCCUCGCGUUGAAUGUAGAUGCGUGAAUGUUGAUCAAGAACGGGAUUCUGUUGUCAUCUCCACAAGUGCCCUCGUUGAGGUUCCAUCUGAAUCUGAUAAGUCAGACAAACACGAUACGAUCAAGCUAGACGGUUGCUCUGUUGAAGUGAUCGACGAUAACGAAAAUAACAUCGACGAAGAACCAAAAUGGUGGGAAGGAGAGUCACAGAACAUAUUGGACUCCCAACAACUUGUGGAAGCAUUGUCUCUAUGUGAUGAUCUCCUUCAGAGCCAGUCGCCCCCUCGAGACGGGAACACCAACAAUGGCGCGUCACGGAGCAAAUCUUUAUUUUCUGAAUAUUCAAAAUUAGGACCAGAGGAUCUAAAGAAGGAUUUAGAAGAGUGCCAAAAUCUUGUCCUAGAUCCAGGAAACAUCGAACUCGACACACCUCCCGAGUUCCGACUUAGCCAGCUUGAUUUUGGAUCACAAGAGAGCUUCUCAGCUUGGGGUGGCAAGGCGGAGUAGCAAUGGCGCGCCUGCAAUAUUGUAUUUUUUGUUUUCUCGACGACGAGCUUCAACAGGGCAAAAGAGCCCCAGCUUGUAAACAAAACUCUCGUUCUAAACUCGUUUAAAUUUCGAAAACUCCUUUAAACGCUUCAUGCUGGGACAUUGAAAAGGACAAGACAUCAUUAAAAAAGGGAAACUGUCUCUGAUAUUGGGAUGUCAUUUUCAGAGCCAACGAUGAUGGAGUGUAAUCUUAUUACCAAGUGUUACAACAUGUCAUGAUAAGAUGAAGACAUUGAGUGUGUCCAAGUAAAGAAAAACAAAGCGAACGAGGGUCGAUCCGAAGUUUAGAGGUUUAAGAGGUCGAGAUGUACGUGGAACUUGUCGUGUCGUAGGAGCGGAGAUCACAUGAGCUGGCUAAGAAAAUGGCUUUAGAGAACUGAUGUUUUUGUAGCUGUAGAAUGAAAGGAAUGGCUGUCCCCCAAGUGCGUGUUAGCAUGUCGACAGGCGAAUAGGAUGGGUGCGUUUGUGACCGGCAUUUGCAUUCAACUCCAUGGUCCCUCUCUCCUUUCUCAUCCUCUCUUGAGCUUUCCUCUUUUGUUCUAUAAUGGAUCGUUUCCUACGUGAUUUGACAAUGGUGGUGGGAUUGUUUUUUUUAGGUUCAAUUACAUCUCUAUACCUUUAGUCA